AAAUCAAUACCCGUUAGAGUUUACAGGCUUACAGCUUACUGACUCGCUUGCUUCGAGUUCGAGCUGUUCCACACUGCAAAUUAAUUCCAAGGAAAUCAAAAUCUAUUCAAAUGCUCUCCCUCACAUCGCCUCUUAUUGGCCAUGACCCCUUCUUUGUUCAUCACAGAACUCCAAGAUUCCAUUUUUACAGCCGACGAAAAACUAAUUUUUUCCGAAUCCGAUCGUCCUCGGGCUUGCAGAAAUCACCUAGUUCGAAAGUGGGAGAUUUAGAUUCUCAUCUAUAUACCUCACUUUCAUUUCCUUCGAUCACUGCAUCAAAGAGGGUCGUUUUGGUGAGGCAUGGGCAGAGUACUUGGAACGAGGAAGGUCGGAUCCAGGGCAGCUCCGACUUCUCCGUUCUCACCCACAAAGGCGAGUCUCAAGCAGAAACGUCUCGGCAGAUGCUUAUCGAUGAUAGCUUCGAUGUCUGUUUCACCAGCCCCCUGAUUAGAUCAAAGAGAACGGCUGAAAUUAUAUGGGGUGCACGCAAGGAGGAGAUGAUUCCAGAAUAUGGCCUCAGAGAAAUUGAUCUUUAUUCAUUCCAAGGUCUACUGAAGCAAGAAGGAAAAUCAAAGUUUGGUAAUGCUUACCGUCAAUGGCAGAUAGAUGCUGCAAACUUUAACAUAGAUGGUCAUUAUCCAGUGAGAGAGUUGUGGGCUCGUGCUAGAAACUGCUGGGACAAAAUCCUAACUCAUGAAGGAAAGUCUGUGCUCGUGGUUGCUCACAAUGCAGUUAAUCAAGCUCUUGUUGCCACAGCAAUCGGAUUAGCCACUGAAUAUUUCAGGAUUUUACUCCAGAGCAAUUGUGGUGUGACUGUGCUUGACUUCACCCCACGGUCUGAAGGUGGAUCUCCAUAUAUCUGUCUCAAUCGCUUAAAUCAGACACCAAAUUCACCCAUAGCAGCAGGGAGUUUUGGAGGUAGAAAAACCAGCAAACGGAUCAUACUAGUCUGUCAUGGUUCUACAGAGAGCAAUGUGGAGGCUACUUUUCCACUUUCUGGAGACAGGCCAAUGAACAUGCUUGGAGUCAUACAGUCCCAAAAAGUUGCAGAACUACUUCUAGAUUUGAAAGUGAACUCAAUAAUAUGCAGUCCUCAGAUUGCCUCUAUUGAAACAGCAAUUGCCAUCUCCAAGGUACAAGAAGCUGCAGAUUGCUUGGGUGCUGAUUGUGUGCCUCGAUAUGUAGAGAUGAAGCAUGUGCGAGACUUGGAGGUUGAACACAUCCUUCAUAAAUUAAAGAAGAAUGCAUCUGAGUUUGCACAUCUUCAUCCUGGUUGGUUAAAUGGAUUAGAAGAUAGAAUCAUGUCAGAAUUAUGGGGUCAGUCAGAAAAAGCCUGGAAUUCACUUUUAGAUGAAUUGUCCGAAGAAGCAGAGCAACAACAAAAUGUGGUAGUUGUUGGACAUCCUGCAGUUCAGAUUGCAUUGAUAGGGCACUGUCUAAACCUGACAAAAGAAUGGAUGGGUUCAUUUCAUCUUGAUGCUGCUAGCAUUAGUGUCAUUGACUUCCCUGAUGGACCCACUGGAAGGGGCGUCAUCCGAUGCAUAAAUUACACUGCUCAUUUGGGUAGGUGGUCAAUACCUGUAACAAGGCCAACAGUGGAUGAUGAAGAGUUUUAGCUGUAAAUAUGUACAUGUUCAGAACAUAACUUGAUCAGCUCAAGGAGAUUCUUCUGAUUCACAUAGUGAAAUUUGAAAAUGGGAUUCAACCAAUAGAUGCAUUAUAGACAAUACUCAUUGUAAGAUUUGACA